CGAAUCAGUAGCUCGCGGCCCCGUUCGCGGGUGAAACGUAGUGAGGGGAUGAAGACUCCAAAAAUAAACCACGUUAUUCCUUUUGACCAUACUGCAGAGUGCAUUUGCACUUUGCCUUUAUAAAUGUGUAUUAUGUGAAUUGAUUUAUUCUUCAUGCGUUGCCCAACAUACUUUUUCGUAUUCGCAAUGUUUUUCACUACCUUUGGUGCUGUUGUAUUGGUGAUAAUGUCUAUACAAUCGCUUGUUUACAGUUCUCUUGGGUCUUAUCCUGCGUGAUCACUAGAAGAAAAUGUGUGCAGCACAAACUCCUUGCUCGGACGGGCAACAUUGCCCACCACAUUGGCUCUGUUGCGAGGAAGGAUGCUGUGCACCCGCAACUGUUAUACCUAGGCACACACCUGAGACCUACACAACUAGUUGGUAUUGGCAAUGGCAAGUGCUCUUCAUCCUUGGAACGCUAGUGGGCAUCGUGGCUUGCUGUCUAUGGUGUAUAGUCUUCAAGCGCACCCGCAUCUAUAUGUGCUCUAUGGCAUUCUGCGUGCAACGGAAUAAUUCGGAGCGUGAUUCUGCGGGCUCGGUGUACCCCCCGCCGCGAUACAGCCGCUGCGGCUCCUUCCACCAGGCCCCACCGCCGUAUUCGGAAGUGACAUCAAAGCCAGACCUGUAUCCUCUAGUUAUAACAUGCAAUGAAGGCGAGGGGAAGUCCGGGGGUAAUUAUCUGAUGGUGCACUACUUUAGAAACUAUGUCAUUCGGGCGCCAGGUUCUCUGUCCGCCACUAGCACGGCUGAAUCGCUUAAUUCGAGCUAUAUGUGCAACGCUGUUAACGAGGCAAACACGAUGGUGCCACCUCCAUACUCUUGCGCGAGCAGCUACAACGAGUGCAGUAUGGGCUGCGGCCGCACAGUGCUGAGGUCCCUCACUUCGCUUGCGGAACCACGGCGACGAGAGCAAACUAAUAACGCUACUUUUAGGGAUAAUCUGAUCAAUUCUCCAGUGCAGCCAAUGGAUCCAUCCUACGAUCUUGAACUAGAGCUGAUAGACUGCGAAAUGUAUUGCGACGGCGGUUGCAAGCCACGCUUAGGUGCUUCUCCACCACUGCGACAUACUCAUUCCAACUCUGAAGAUACUGUUUUUGACCAUGAAGCUUAUGGCUUACGUCAUCUCUUCCCAUCACCUGAAACUGGCGCUUGUGAAUCUCCUCCACAGCCCACAAGUCCAACACAAACCUCUAGAGAUUCAACUUUACGAAGACUAAGUGAAGAAAGGCGCAUACGACGUUUCGAAAUUGGAAAGAAAUCAUCCAGGACGAGGAAAUCGAGCUUAUACAUGCCCCUGUCGGUUGGUUACACUGGAAGGAAUUCAAGAAUCUCACCGGGUACUAGGAUUUCUUCGCGUUCAGCCCCUGCGACACCUUGUGGGGCUCUUGUACCAAAUCUCCUGAAUCUAACCCAGAGAGUAUCGGCUUCGCGACUUAGCUCACGUUCGUCGAGACUGGAAGAAGAAAAUGACCCUCUGCUAGCAUCGGAUGUUGAAAAUCCUGGCACUGAACAUAAAUUUUAAUAGUCUGAAAUCAAUUUGUCCACCGGGCUUCAAUUAGAGUAACUUUGUGAUCUGUAUAAUGUCAUUUUUAAUACUAUAGUUGUAUGAAAAUUUUGGCCUACUUCACGUAAGUUUAGUAAAGGAGAUCAAUUCGAUGUUGUGAUUGUAUAGGAUAUGCUCAUAAAUAAUGCGUGUAUUCGCAACCUAGAUAGUUCAAUGUUAAAUAAAUAUAUUAUUGUAUGAGCUAUGACAUACUUUUAUGUUUAAGAAGACGAGCUUGUUGGACCAUUGUUCACUUGCAUUUAAAUAUUGUAAUAAUAAACGAAAUACUUCAUUA